UAUGAUGUACAGUGUUGGAGAUAAUGUAUUGUUCAACCUUUCGAUGUCGGCGUAUCUAGUGCAGUACUUAGCUACAGACAACUCUACUAACAAUGCAACUUGUGAUUUCAAUAUCACAGUUAUAGACAACGAAGACCCAAUUUUGACGUGCCCAGAAAACGUUGAAAUGCAUGUAACACUCGGACAGCUGUUCAGCACACCAACAUGGUCACCGCCAGUCGUAACUGACAACUCAGGGGAAAUUGAUGUUACAUCUGCAUCCCAUAUCAACGGCAUGAGCAUGUUCUACGUCGAUGUUAUAGAAACUGUGGAAUACAAUGCUACAGAUUAUUCCGGCAAUGUCGGCUACUGUAACUUCACUGUUCUUAUAAUAGACGAUUUGCCUCCUAUACUGGCCUGUCCAGCCAAUCGAACAGAUCCAACAGAGUUCAACAGUUCCUUUGCUAUUGUCUACUGGGACCUGCCGACAGUGGUUGAAAACACCCAAACUAUGGUUGAUCUGACAUCAGACGUGGAUAAUGGCACUUCAGUUAACCUCGGUGACACGCUGACAGUCACCUACACUGGCACUGACGCUUCAGGAAACAAUGGCACUUGUGUCUUCCAAGUCACUGUCAAUGAUACGGAGCCUCCACAAAUUGAUUGUCCAGUCAAUCAAACAAUUACUACAGAUCUUGGUCAGGACUUUUCUACAUUUGCCCUACCUCCUGAAGCCUAUUCCUACGAUAACUCUGGAGACUCACCCACCAUCACAAUAGAAUUUGAUAAUUCAGUGUUUAACGUCGGUGAAAGCGCUAUGUUCAGUUUGGAAACGUCUACACAUCAAGUGUUGUACAUUGCUACGGAUGCUGCCAUGAACAAUGCUACUUGUUGGACCAACUUCACUGUAAUAGAUGAAGAGGCUCCAAAUAUAACAUGUCCUGAAAAUAUAGUCAAUAAUACCGACCCCACUUUGCCAUAUGGCACUGUCGUCUGGUCUGAACCUAUUGUCACAGACAACUCUGGACAGGACGUUCUGUUCUUGGGAGAUGUAAAUUCAGGAUCUACCUUCGACAUUGGUUCCCAUGUUGUGAUCUAUAAUGCAACAGAUAGCAGUAACAACAUUAACUAUUGCAACUUCACCAUCCAAAUUAAAGAUUUAGAGCCACCUGAAUUCACGGAAUGUGUGAAUAUCUCCAUACCAACUGUUUCCAAUGAGGCGUUUGCAUUUGUAGAAGUCUUUGAUCUGAAUGCUACAGACAACUCUGAUGGGAAUGUAACCCUACUCUGCCCUGGAUCACCACAAGGCUUAACGAGGUUCUCACUUGGCGACACUUAUAUUCCAUGUUUUGCAACAGAUAUUUAUGGCAAUUCGGCCACGUGUCACAGAACAGUGACUGUUCAAGAUAAACAAGACCCCACAAUUAUCUGUCCAGAGAGCAUGGAUUUCUUUACAGACGAGUCUAAGAAUUAUGCCACUGUCACACUAUCUCCUCCAUUUAACGCAUCGGACAACACCCAAAACUAUACUGUCUACAUUGUUAUCGACCAAUUGACACAUUACAUCAACGACUCCAUCAGACUGAGUCUGUCUGAAUUUGCACAUACACUGCAGUAUGUUGUAGAAGACGCCUCUCAGAAUAAUGCAACUUGUGAUAUAUUCUACAAUAUCUCAGACAAUGAGGUACCUAACAUAACGUGUCCAGAAUUUGUAUGGAACACUACGCUGGACAAUCUACCCGAUGGUCAAGCGUUCUGGCAGCUUCCCGUCGUCAGUGACAAUUCAUUGGUUCCCAUCAUACCAGUAUCGUCUGAUAAUCCCGGCUCAGUGUUCCCUAUCGGUGUUCAUACGAUCCUCUACGAUACAGCUGACUUAAGUGGGAAUAGUAACAACUGCUCCUUUACUGUAACUAUUGUAGAUGAAUACCCGCCACAGUUCUUAGACUGCAGGAACAUCAUCAAGGGGACUGACAGUGGACUGGAUACAGCAUUCAUAAGAUUCUACACACCAAAUGCCACGGACAAUUCUGGCGGUGACGUGACCGUAAACUGUACGAGUGUUAUAGAUCCCUCAGGGCAGAUUCUAGCCAUUGGCACGUAUGUUGUUCACUGCAAUGCUUACGACAAGUACGGCAAUGAGGGGUCCUGUUGGUUCAACGUUGAAGUCAUAGACAAUGAGAUGCCAAUCAUCAGCUGUCCAGCAAGUCAAGUGGUGAAUACCACUCUGUUGCUAGAUACUGCUACGGUUACACUGGAGAAUGUCACAAUGGCCACCGAUAACGACGGUCCUCCUACAAUUACAAUCUUAGUUGAUGGGAAUGAAUAUAAUGUUGGUGAUAGUGUGAUUUUCAAUCUGGCAAUGUCUCCUCAUGAAGUGACGUAUGUGGCGACCGAUGCUGCUGGGAAUACGACAAUGUGCAACAUCACUGUAACUGUUGAAGAUAAUGAAAAGCCAGUGAUGGACUGUCCUGCUGAUCAAACCAUUAAUACGACAACUGGCCAAGAUACAGGGGUGGCAUCUUGGCCAACACCAAAUGUAGUUGACAACUCUAAUCUUCCCGUUGUUCCUACACCCAAUGUGACAAUUGGUACUCCCUUGGACAUUGGUGUACACUUCAUAGAGUAUUCAGCCACUGAUGGCAGUGAUAACACUCGGGUGUGUGUUUUCAUGGUUAUAGUGCAAGAUAAAGAGGACCCAGUCUUGGCAUGUGCAGAUGAAACCAUUCCCACUGAAGCCAAUCAGGACCAUGCGCUCCUCAGUCUUAAUAUUCCAGUUGUGAGUGAUAACUCAGGGGCUACACUAACAGCUACAUGCACCCAAGGAGGAGCUGGUGGUGACCAGGUUGGGAUUGGUAUUGAAGCCAUAGACUGUGAGGCGACUGACCCGUAUGGAAACACAGGAACAUGUACAUUCAUGCUGACUGUUGUAGAUCAAGAGCCUCCAAUGAUCACAUGCCCUGAAGACACCACCAUUGGAACAGAUGCCCCGUUAGGAACCGCUUCCUUCACUGUACUUGCACCUUUAAGCGUUUCAGACAACUCUGGAGCUGUUCAGGAUGAAAUUGUCUUAGCUGAUUCAACUUUAAGCAUUGGUCAGGUGCUGACCCUACCUCCACGGACCUUGCCCUACUCGUUUGUGUACACUGUGAGAGACGAAGUACCCCUGACCAACAGUUGCACUUUUCAGCUUACAGUUAAUGAUGAUGAUCCACCCACAUUUACUGGUUGUCCUGAUGCCUUUACUGUUUGGGUGGGGUCUGCAACCGAAACUGCCCUAAUAAGAUGGACUCCGCCAGUUGCAAUGGACAACGUGGAGCUAGCUGGUCCUGCAACCUCUAACAUCGCACUAAAUAGUCGGUUAAUGCCACCAGGUGCCACUGUUCGCUACACAGCGACUGACACUGCUGGUCGACAGGGUACCUGUGAAUUUAUGGUCACAGUUAGUGUUGCUACGACAGGUCUUGAGAGUUACCCAGUUACAGUUAUUAUGAGUUCAAUACGUGGAACAUCGGACUCUGGAAAUGCGAUGCUAAUACAGAACCUUGCCGAUGACCUGGAGGACCUGUUCCGUACCUCGGGUGAUCCUUUAGCGCCCGUACUGGUAACGCUUACUCCAAUGGCACAAAGAUCUUCAGGUAGUAACACCAUUGUGGAGCUACAACUCACAUUGACAAACUCUGACCUGACACCUACAGAGAUUGAACAGGCAUUUGAUGACCUCACUCCGUUGAAUAUGUUUCCUACUGGCAAUGUUGCUGUAGGAAACACGUUCACUAUAGGUCGUGGUGGCUGCGUUAACAGUGAUGUGUGUAUGAAUGGAGGAACAUGUCGCCCUGGCAGAGCUGGAUCCCAUGUAUGCGAAUGCACAACAGGCUUUACUGGCACUGACUGCAGUACAGAUAUUGAUGAGUGUGCACUAGCUACAAACAGUGAGGCAUGUAUAGAGCAAGGGCUCUCGUGUUAUAAUACUCCUGGCACCUUCAGUUGUACCUGUCCUUUCGGCCAGUGGAGGGGAAAUUCAGGACGCUGUGCUGUUGGAAAAAUCUUCAGGAUCACUAUAAUUAUUCUAAGAUUGGAUACUCUGAUUGCUCAGUUUACGAAUGAUCUUUUGGAUUCAACAUCCCCUAGAUAUAUUCAGCUACGAAGUCGGAUCGAGAUCGCUGUGUUCAAUAUUUUGAUUAGACUCCCAGGAUAUCAGUUUGUUCAGGUCAGAGUCAUCAGCUUCUCAUCUGGCAGUAUCAUCCCAAGCCUGAUUGUAACUGUGGAUCCAAAUUCACCGAGAUCCCAACAAGACAUUCAGAAUGAUCUGACUGUAGCCAUUGCGAACAUGGACAACAGUUUGGGUGACGGCAUUAGUGUUGAACCACAGAGUGCAAACGUUGCUGAAGAGGUAUGUUUGGCAGAUUACUGUAUGAACGGAGGAACAUGUUCAUACUCUUCUACAUUUGCAAGCACUUGCAGUUGUCUAAGUGGCUUCAUUGGUCUCCAGUGUCAGACGCCUACAGGAGGUGGUGUUGAUCCCCCAACUACCGCUCCCCCGAGUGGUUUGUCCACCGAGGUAAUUAUUGCCAUCGCUGUCGGAGGUUCGCUCCUACUCAUCAUUAUUGUCUUGGGUAUCCUUGGAGUCUGUUUCAUCAUGAGUAGGGCAUCCUCCUCAAGAACAGGAGCCAUGUACGGUCGGGAUAAAUACCAGUAUUAUGACAAUCACAGGAGGCAGGAAAAUGGGGAGCACAAUUACACAAGAGAUGAGAUGGAAUACAGGACGAAUUCUGGACAGUUUUCUAUUCCAUAUUUUGCGUCAGGAAAUGAUGUCGCGAUGAAUCGAUUGGCAGGAAUGCCUCGUCGAGGGGACCCAGAUUACUUCUGAACCCAACCCCUCUCACCCAACGACUAACAUCAUUGCUCUUUUCAGUCACAAUAUCAAACUAUAAGUCCCUUGCAUAUGGCGUUACAAAUAGUGGAGGUUGUUUUUACUCAGGGAUGUGGCUUAUAUGUAUUGGUCUACAGAGUUGCUCAUGAGAAGCACACUGAUAGUUCUGGGUUCUUAUCUCCAAAGAUCAAACGCUGAUCGACAUGUUCAAAUACUACACAAUUGAACAUUUCCACUCCUGAAAUACUUCAAUACUACAGAAUUGGAAAACUUACAUUAAAUUUCAAACGUUUUUCACGUAGAUGUACACAUACUACAGAAUUAGAAAACUAACUUUAAAAAUUCAGGUGGUUUUCAUGUACAAAUACUACAGAAAUGAAAAUUUCCACUACUGAAGUACUUCAUAACUACAGAAUUGGAAAACUUACUUUAAAAAUUCAAACGUUUUUUAUGUACAUUGACUACAGAAUUGAGAAAAAUUCCACUACUAAUAAAUAAUUAAAUACUAUAGAAACUAACUAAAAGGCAUUACAAUUUUUUUGUGAGAGCAAAUGUUUUUUAUCUCAAAAAUUGACAGAUGUAAGUUGAGAAUUUAACAGUUGGUAUUAAUUGACAAGAUUUGAACCAAUUUUAUAUCACCCAUCUGGGAGCAGUGUUUAUAAGUACUAAACUGGGAAAGGUUUUAUUUACCAGGUAGAAAAGAGCAAAGACAAAACGGGAACAUUUAUAUUAAGCAUAUUUGUAUUUUUUAGUAUAAAUGUUAUAUAAUGGUUAUUUUGCUUGUUUAUAUACACUGUCUUGAUGCAGCUUCGUCCAUAGUCCAAAUAUUGUUACAAAAUCAAAACUUUUAAUAAUAAGUUUUAUAAAGCACACAAAUCCACCAGAAGGAGCUCAGGGAGCUGUAUCAAAGGAAGAGUAAAAAAAUUAAAGUGGAAAAUCUUAUUUCAUUCUACUUUGUUUUACGUGCUAAAAAAAA